GUACCAUAAUAAAGCUGUGCACUUUAACUGAAUUUAAUAUACAAUUUAAUAAGCCUGACUUGCCAAAAAAAUAUACUUUGUGGGAAAGAAGGGUUAGCAUUUUGGAUUUCAUCAUGCCCAAUUAUUUUUCACCCUGGGAGACAAUCCUUCCUUCCUCUCCAUACUGAAAUAAAAGUGUAUGCUAUAGAGAAGGAAGAUAGUUAGGGGUCAGAAGCUAGAAGGGUUAUCCAUAAACAACAUAUGAAGUGACCACAAAAUACUUUUACCAUACAUGACAAUAGUUUCUAAACAAUGCGAAGUAACAUGUAUGGCCUGAAUAAUAACACAUGAGGCAGAGAUUGUGUAAGUUCACUUUACACUGGAUGAGGAUAGAGAAGGUGUCUGGUUUAUUAACACCCUCUUUAAUUCCAGGGAAAAAAUAAUCAGAGAAUGAGAUCAUCUAAAGUACACUCAUACAAAUGUGUUUAGACACAUCCCUGCCCGCAGAAAAGGGAGGAUGACACUGGAGAGGGGGAGGAAAAAAGGAGAGUGAUAAAGGAGUGCCCAGCUAGAGAAGGCCGUCUAAAAUUGGACACCCUGUGUACCAUGCCCAGUCCCUUCUGGGAGUCAUCAGCUGUUACUAAAGCAGAUUCUUAGAGGGUGUUUCAUAGGCUCCAAAUACCUAGCUGACAGGCCACAGGCUGCAAGCAUGAACAGAAGGAUAUAAAUAGGAGCCAUUCACUGCAGCACAGAAGUUUAUAGAACUUUCUCGGCUGAUGGUAGUGAUGUUUAUUACAGCCGGUGCAGGACAUUUGCAGACUGAAGCCAGAGGAUCAAGACGCUGCUCUCACUCCCAAUGACUCUGCUUAAUUCUUGGAAGAAUUUCUAAUACAUAGAGUUUACCUUGGCUCAGGUCCACUCUUUUUUCAUACUUAUUCUUUGGAAGUAACCGAUCAUAGCUGCAAACCUUGCCUGAACACUAUUUAUUCUAGUUGGAAUUGCUCUCUUUUAUUUUUGCUGGAAUUUUUUUUUAUAUCUUUGCACGGAAAUGGCAGACAGUCAGUUGCCCUUCACUUGUCAUUAUCCUGCAAGUAGACUUAGCAGAGCCAGAGAUCCCUUCCGUGAACAAGGCUUGUCUACACGUAUGCUGGAUGAGGAUUUUGGAUUUCCAGAUGAUUUAACCAUGGAUUGGCCAGAAUGGGCAAGGCCUAGGCUGACUGCCUCCUGGUCAGGCCCUUUGAGAUCAGGCCUGGCACGGACAACUGGUGUCUCCCCUCCCGGAUACAGUGCUAGAUUCACAGGUUACCCUGAACCUCGUAACACUGUGGCCACCCCAAGCCAGCCCUGGAAAGUGUGUGUUAAUGUACAAAGUUUCAAGCCAGAGGAACUGACAGUGAAAACUAAAGAUGGAUUUGUAGAAGUGUCAGGGAACCAUGAAGAACAGCAGAAGGAGGGAGGAAUAGUCUCCAAGAACUUUACCAAGAAGAUUCAAUUGCCCUCAGAAGUGGAUCCCCUGACGGUGUUCGCCUCUCUUUCUCCGGAAGGCCUACUUAUAAUUGAAGCACCGCUGGUCCCUUCGUACCAUCAGCAGGGAGAUGACACUUACACCUAUGAGCUUCCUCUCGAUCCUACAGAAGUGAAUUCUUCCUAAUCUAAGCCAAGGAAAGCCUCCUCUGGAGAAUCUCACUUGAAUUCCACACAAAACUGCAUUAGUGACCCAGACGAGUACAUUGUAUCUUGUAUGUUUUGAUGUAUGUAUAAAGAAGCCUUGUUAGAGUUCCACUCUAGACAUAGACAUACAAUAUUUCUGGAAGCAUUACAUGCACUUCAUAUGUCUUGGAUGCAGUGACAGCUGGAUGACUUCAUGCCCAAUACUUAUUUCAGAUCACGUACAUUUUACAUAGCUGUGUAGUCAAGAGCUGUCUAACUGAGGCCUUCAAAUAAAAUGCAAAUAAGUCAUAAUUUAGUCAUUAUAAGCAACAUUUUUUUUUUUACUAUAGUUAAAAAGUUACUAUAGUACCGUAUUUUU